AUGAAAGUUCUGCUAUUCCUUCUGAUCAGCCUUGUUGCCGGAAACAGAAGAGACAAGGAAUAUGAGGAAGAUGAGAAGGAUAAGAAGGACCAGAACCUCUUCUGUCUUAUGCCUCCUGAUCCAGGAUUCUGUAGAGCAAUUCUAAGACGAUGGGCGUGGAAUCCGGUGGAAGAAAAGUGCGAAAGAUUCGACUACGGUGGUUGUGGUGGAAAUCGCAACAAUUUUAAAACACAAAAGGAAUGCCUGUAUGAGUGUUGGAACAAGUUUGUCCCCAAGGACCAACGCAAAAAGCCAAUACGCAAAGUAAAGGACCAAGGGAAAGGCAAUAAAACUACACAUCCGAAUAGCUAG